AUGGCUACCGCGACGGAUGUCAAGAAUUACAAGUUUAAUCACUCGAUGAUUCGGGUGAAGGACCCCAAUGAGUCCAUCAAGUUCUACUCCUUCCUGGGCAUGUCCGUGCUCAACAAACUCUCCUUCCCCGAGGCUAAGUUCGACCUCUACUUCCUUGGCUUCGAUUCGCCCAAGGCUGUGUCUCACGGCAACAAUGUCUGGGACCGCGAGGGUCUGAUCGAGCUGACACACAACUACGGCACGGAGUCAGACCCCAACUACAAAGUCAACAAUGGGAACGUCGAACCGUUCCGGGGCUUCGGCCACACGUGUGUCAGCGUCGACAACAUCCAGGCCGCGUGCAAGCGCCUCGAGGAUGCUGGCUACAAGUUCCAGAAGAAGUUGACCGACGGGCGCAUGAAGGACAUCGCCUUUGUCUUGGACCCGGACGGCUACUGGGUGGAGAUUAUUGGGCAGAACCCCGUGGAGAAGACCGAGGGCGUGACUGAGACCGAUGUGCAGACGUACCGGAUGAAUCAUACCAUGAUUCGGGUUAAGGAUAUUGAGAAGAGUCUCAAGUUUUAUCAGGAAGUGCUCGGGAUGAAGCUGUUCCGGACUAUUGAGCAGCCUGAGGCCAAGUUUAACCUCUACUUCUUGGGUUAUCCUGGGGAGAAGGGUAUUCCGGAGAGUGUGGACGCUAUUAAGGAACGUGAGGGCCUGCUUGAGCUUACGUAUAACUAUGGCACGGAGCAGGAUCCUGACUUUUCCUACCACAAUGGUAAUGCAGAACCGCAGGGCUUUGGGCAUAUUUGCAUCUCGGUCGAUAACCUUGAGGCCGCCUGCGCCCGGCUGGAAUCUCUCAACGUCAACUGGAAGAAGAGGCUCACGGACGGCCGCAUGAAGAAUGUGGCGUUUGUCCUUGACCCGGAUGGUUACUGGGUUGAGAUUGUGCAGAACGAGCGGUUCAGCGGCAAGCCUAACUUCCCGCACACCUGCUGA